AUGCCGCGUUUGUACCUACGCAUGCCAAAAUCCGCGCUUACGCGGUAUUUUACAUCUUUUCUUGGUUUUAUGGACAUCAAAGUAGGAUGUCAGAUCAUCUCGUUGUUUUCUCUGUUUAACAAAAUUGCAGGUGUCUAUGGUAUCAUUGCGGUGUUUCAAGGCGGCACAUUUGCGCAGGUAUCGUUGUAUAUAUAUUCCAUUGCGACGAUCCCCUUAUUCAUAUGGGGACUAAAUGCUAUCAGUGUGGAAAAGCACCAGUCGGCUUUGCGAUAUGCACACCUGUAUUUUUUAGAUCAUAUGAUAUCUACCGGAUGGACCGUGUUAUUUGGGGUUUGGUGGUACAAUUUUGCGCAGCAUGAUGGCCGCCCCGUGACAAAUUCAAGUCAUCAGGCUGGGCUUAUGAGCCUGAUUGAGUCGCUUGAAGCUCAAUACCAUACACCUGAAGAAAUGGCUCUCCUUCGACACAAUACCACCAGCGCGGAUACACCUGAGGGUGCAGCUGAAAUGGCUCUUCGUACACAGCGUGCGCGAGAGAUUUGGCGUGCAGAGCGUGGAUUUGCUGCGAGCGUCUUGUGUGUGGGAUGGCUGAUUAAAAUCUACUUUGCUGCCUUACUCUAUGCGUAUGCUUUACACUUGCGUCAUGGCACGUACUGGAUGCUGCCACUAUCAAAAUCGCGAAGAGCGAACGCUGUCCAUGCUUCAGCACAACAUUCUGAACCUACAGAGACAGAUGAGAUUGCUAUCACUGAGGACAAUGAUGCUGAAAGUACCGGAAACAAGGAAUGA